CCAUAAUAACAAGUAUGAUUUGAAUGUUUUCUAACAUCAGACAUUGGCAAGAGUUGUGGAGGGUUGGAAGAAACAUGAAUCCGAAAAAAGUAUGUUUAUGGAGAAACUUAAAGAAGAAAGAGAAUCUGUUGAGAAAACAAAUAACAAACAACAAACGAUGCUGAGAAAGUUAGAAACAGAGCUAGCCCAGGCUGUAGAACAGCUUGCUAAGGAACAGUUAAGAGCUACAAAAGCUGAGUCUGAGAAAGACAGACAUAUAUCAAAACAAUCUAAAGAACGCGCUGAGACAUUGAAAAUUCUAGAAAGUGAGAGGAAAAGAGUUGAGAAACUUGAAGUGGAGAGAACUGAGGCUGUUAAAAAGAACAAGAGAAUGGAGAAAGAAGUUGAUGAGUUGCAGAAAAUGAUGGAAAAGGAUCGUAUACACUGGCAAGCCAUGGAACAUGAACUACAGGGAAAACUAAACAGAGCCAGUAAAGAACAUUUUAAUGCCAUGGAUGAGUACAAGAGGAAAUUAGAGAAAGAAACGCGAUGUUCACAGGAUGCACAGAGGGUACUAAGAUCAGUGCAGACAGAGUUGGAUAGUGUAAAAAUGGAAUUAGACACCAUUAGGACUGACAAAGAAAACAUGAAAAUGGAAAUCAGUUUACUGGAAGCUAAACAUGAAGCAAAUCGGACUAAAAUGGAAUCUCAACACAAAGUUGAGUUAGAGAUAAAAAUUGCAGAUAAAGUGUCUGAGAUUCAUCAGAAAAUGAGUGAGAAGGAGGCAGAGAUCAGAGAAUCUCAUAGAAGACAAGUACAAGACAUCAAUGAAAGCCAUCAAAUGGAAUUAGAGCAACAGAGAACUGACGCACAGUUAGAAUUCACUAAGAAAGAUGCAAAGUUAAAAAUCAUGACACAAGAUUAUGAAGACAGUUUGGAAGAAAACAGACGAGUAAUUGCAGACCUAGAAAAGAAAGCUCAGAAGUCGGAGCUUCACAGAUCCGAGUUAGUUGCAAGCUUACAGACACUGAUGCAGUCACAUUGCAAUGAAGCACUAUCAUUGUUAGGAACUGGUAGCCAAUCAGUAGUCAGAAAGCCACCGUAUAUGUCUACUAAUGCUAGUAUACUAAGUUCAGGCAGACUGAGUGAUAUCAGCUUACUAUCAGAACACACUAUCAAUGACAACAAUUAUCAGUCAACAGCAUCUCCAUAUUCAGAUGACAACAUUGCAUUGUCUACAAUACCUGAAGAAAAUGGCUCUACUGAGACUAGAUCAGAGAGAUCAUCUUAUAGUUACCAGGAACCAGUACAAUCCUAUAGCAGAGUUUCAUCUGCUGAUACUCUACUUCAACUUAGUGGUAUAUAUUCUGAGCUGAUGAAAGAUGACAAUGUCUCCUCCAAUCAUCAAAGACCAAGCAACACGAGAGAUCUCUCUACUAGCUUUAAUAAAAAUUCUGAUAAAGAAAGGAAUGUUGCAGAAAGGGACUACACAGAGACAGAUCAUCAUGAUACUGGAAAACAUCAGUAUGUAGAAAGAAAUGAUUGUAAUGAGUAUAACAGUUCAAAGUACGGAUUAUUUGGAAACAGUUUUAGUUUGCCAGCAGAUGAGACUGUCUAUAAAAGAAAUGAAUAUUUCACUGGACGAGAUGGUUUUGUGGGAAAACCAGAAGAAAUAUCUGAAAGACGGUAUCAAGAACGUGAGCCAUUGAGAGAAGAACCACUUUAUGGCAAGAAAAAUGAAUACUUCACUGGGCAUAAUGGUUUUGUGGAAAAAACAGAACAAUUGAAUGCCCAUGUUGAUUUGCAUGGUCCCCAGAAUGAUGAGGAUGGUAGCUUUUAUCCACUAGAAAGCCAGGAUGCAACAUUACUAGCUGCUGAUGAUCGUAAUGAAAGCAGUGACACACA